UAACGCCACCACAGCAUACUGACAACUUUGGCUUUUUGGACUUGGAUUUUUGUGAAUUGUACUUGUUGAUUACAUAUCGGCAACUUUGGCUUCUCUCUUUUGGAAUUGGACUGUUGUGUCGGCAUCCUUGUUAUCUACCAUGCCUACGCGCUACACUUCACAAGAAUAUGCGAACAUGCAACUCAUUUAUGGAGAAUGCAGAUGCAACGCAAGUGCCGCCGCUAGACUUUAUCGGGAAAGAUAUCCAAAUUUAGAGCGCUAUCCGGAUCACAGCGUGUUUGUUAAUGUGCACCGUUCACUCACAGAGGGCGGCCAUUUCCCGAAUCAAAUACGGGCUGGAGGUAGAGCUCGCUUUCCUUACGAGGAAGAAGUGCUGCAAGAGGUCGCAGAUGACCCAAGUAUUGCCGUUCGUGGAAUUGAAGAAAGAACGGGAAUACCCAAAAGCACAGCACAUCGUAUUUUACAAAGAGCCGAAAUGCAUCCGUUUCACGUACAACGAGUUCAAAGUCUUCUUCCUCGAGAUUAUCCUGAAAGGAUUUCAUUUUGUAGAACAAUGCUACAGAGGCAUAAUGAAAAUCCCCAAUUCAUCCAAAAAAUUCUCUGGUCAGAUGAAUCUACAAAAUUAUUGGGUCUUUAGACCUGCCUGAGAACUUGAAUGACACGAAUUACCUACAUUCUUUACGAGAAAAUUUACCAACUUUGUUAGAGGACAUACCACUAACAGAUCGUCGCCACAUGUGGUAUCAACAAGAUGGCUGCCCAGCGCAUUACACAGUGCAAGUAAGAGAUUUCCUUGGCCAAGAAUAUCCGGGAAGGUGGACUGGCCGUUCAGGCACUAUCUCGUGGCCAGCCCGUUCCCCCAGAUUUAAAUCCCCUGUUUUUUUUUUAUUAGGGCGUUUUCAAAGAAAAAUUUAUUCAAAGCAUAUUGAGAGCGUAGCCGAGCUGCGUGAACAAAUUUCUCAAGCUGCUGAGGACAUCCAAUCUCGAGGAUAUGCCCGGCUAAUAGGUAGAUCUUUUUUAAGAAGAUGUAGGGCGUGUAGCAAUUUGAACAUUUAUUGUAAUAAGAAAUGUUAUUUCCCUAUCUGACUUUUAUUCCAAUAAACCUAAACUAAACUAGGUCAA